GUUUGUCAGCUGUGUGGCAAUUAAAAGGAUGACACCUUCGUCAAUUGACUAUGAUUGCGGAUAAUCGUUAAACAAACAGCGGUCGAAUGUAAUGAAGAUCACAGGCGGCGCCUUUCAAGAGAUUAUCGAGUAGAUUGAUUUGUACAGGGUCGGUAAACAAAAUCAAAGGAACCGUUGGUGGUUGUCUCUAAAUAAUUUCGACCAUACAGACUGUUUGUCAGCAGAGAAGUUGUCCUCAAAUAUGAAAAUGGCCCAACAGACUGCGCUUGGGAAGAGCGAAGCUGCUAUCACUGCUGCGCUAAAGAAUGUAUAUUUUGCAGCGAAAAAUGAUCUUGCCAACUCCAUGGUUCCCGAGUUGAACAAUCUCUGUCUGAAACAGGGAGUCUCACAGAUCAGUGACCUUAAAGUGGAUGCCCACACAACAUAUGAGCAUCACAGUAGUAUUGGUGAGUUCCAGGAGGCGCUGGCUGGGGUUUUAGUCGAGAAUCUACAACAGAAGUUGCUGAAGUCACCAAAGUUCUCACUUAUGUUUGACGAAUCUACAGACACGUCUGUUUCACAGAAUCUGAUUGUGUAUAUAAGAUCACUUGACUAUGAUGUAUUUGAUUUUGCUACAAGUAAUACAUGUUUUCUUGCAAUUUCUAGUUUGCACAGGGCAAAUGCAGAUGCUAUCUAUUCUAAGGUUCUCCAGCUUCUUUCCCAGAAAGGCCUUGAUCUUUCAAACCUUUGUGGUGUUUGCACCGAUGGUGCAUCUGUGAUGAUUGGCUCUAAGAGUGGUGUGGUGACCCGUCUGAAACAGUCUGUGCCUGGGGUGCUCUCUUCCCACUGCAUCGCCCAUCGUCUGGCUCUGAGCUGUAGUACUGGGGCUGAUACCAUUCCUUACCUUGUGAAGUUCCAGGAAAUCCUCAAUUCUGUCUUUAAGUACUUCCAUAACUCUCCUAAAAACAUGUCUACUCUCUCUGCUAUCCAAUCUGUCCUUCAGAAGCAUUCUACCAGAUUUCAGGAGGUGUUCCAUACCAGAUGGCUCAGUUUUGAAGGUGCUGUUAGUGCUAUAGUCAGCAACUAUUCCAGUCUUCUCUCUUGCUUUCUUGAGGAGAACUCUGGGAAAGCUUUAUCUCUCUACAAACCUGUUGCCACAUACAAAUUUUUGUAUGUUGCACACUUUCUGUCUGAUGUUCUUUCACCACUUGCCAUUCUCUCCAAGAUGUAUCAACAGAAGAACCUGAUGUACAGUGAUGUUGAACCUCUCCUCACAUCAACCAUCUCCACCCUUGAAUCCUUGAAGGAAAAGAAGAAUGGCACUUUUCUCUCUGCUUUCCUUGGUUCUUGCCCCCCUGAGCCUACCAUGGAUGGUGAUGGUCUGUUUACAUUUGAGUUUCAGUCUCACACUAUUAGAGAUUCUGCUGAACAGAGACGAGUUGCUGUGUCGGUGUGUGACAAAUUUGUUGACAACAUGGUGUCCAGUCUUCACUCUCGUUUUUCAGAUAAUGCUGACUCUGUAGUCAUGAAGGCUCUAAGCAAUCUCUUCAACCCUUCCAUUACAGAUGUAGGUGCAGACUGUGAGGCAGUGUCAGAGUACCUAGGUACUGUAGGCUUUGAGGGGAGAAGGAACGAGCUUGUCAGCUUUGUUAGCUAUUCAAGGGCACUUGCAGCUGAUACUUCAAACAAAACCUUGAAAGACUCUGUCUCUUGCGCCAAUCUAGCAAUUAAGAACAGGCACAGUUACCCUGCCACUGCUGAAGCUGCUGAACGGUUUCUUAUUCUUCCUGUCUCCACUGCUGACUGUGAACGUGGCUUUUCUAAGCAGAACCUUAUUAAGACUGCUCUUAGAAACUCUCUCUCUAUUUCUUCUCUUGAAAAUCUUAUGCAUCUGUCUAUUGAUGGUCCACCUCUUGCUGACUUUCCCUACAAGAGAGCUUUCAAAGCCUGGGCUUCUGCAAAGAGUAGGAGAAUUUUGAUGUAAAUUGUAACUAAGGAUCUGUUCUCUAAAGAAUUUCAGAUUUUUCUUAUUAUGGUACUGCAAAUGCCUAUAAACUAUGUACUGUGAAACCACUUCUUUGUUUUAAAGUUGAUGUUUUCAAUUUAUGCAGUUUUUAUGUUUUGUGUGUCAUGUAAAUCAUGUUUUGUCUAUUAUAUAUUUAUGAACUUAAUGUUUUGUAGUGUGUGUCAUGUACAAACAUUGUUUUGUUCUGGUUGUUAACUGUUUAGUGUUUGUAUUAAGUGUUGUAACAUUUUAUGUGUGAUGAAAUGGUUGUAAAAUAAAUUAUAUGAAACAGUUAAAACUCUGAUUUAUCUUAUCUGCUAUAUAUGUUAUAGUAUGUUACAGUAUAGUUAUGUUCUCCCAGUUAACAACCAAAAAUAAUGCUCAAAAUAGCUAUCAUAGCACCAUUCACACUUGAAAUUCACAAAAGUUUUCAUCCCGAAAACAGCCCCGCGCCCCACCCCACAACCGCGACAUCCAAUUGGCUCAAAGAAAAUCUGACCCAGAGCAGGCCC